GCACUUUCAGGUCUUGAGUACAUUUAUUGAUCACCAAGUCACAAGUGAAAACAAUACUUACGCUUAUAUUUUAUAUAUUAACACAAGAUGGCACGUCUCUACGAUUCCCGAACCACGAUCUUUUCGCCGGAGGGCCGUCUCUACCAGGUGGAAUACGCCAUGGAGGCCGCUUCGCAGUCGGGCACCUGCCUGGGCAUCCUGGCCAGGAAUGGCGUCCUCUUGGCCACCGAGCGGAUUACCAACAAGCUUUUGGACUCCAGUAUUCCCGCUUACAAGAUUUGCCGUUUGAACGCGGACAUGGCCUGUUGUGCCACGGGCAACACGGCGGAUGGAAAUGUGCUGACCAACGAGCUGCGCUUGAUCGCCCAGCGAUACAUCUCUACCUAUGGUGAGGUGAUUCCCUGCGAGCAGCUGGUCUCCAAUCUGUGCGACGUCAAGCAGGCGUAUACGCAAUAUGGUGGCAAGCGGCCCUUCGGCGUUUCCCUGCUUUACAUGGGCUGGGACACCCGCUUCGGGUUUCAGCUAUACCAGUCCGACCCCAGUGGAAACUAUAGUGGCUGGAAGGCAACCUGCAUUGGUCGCAAGUCCGGAGGGGCCAAGGGAAUACUGCAGCAGGAACUGUUUCCCAAGGAAUACCUGAAUCCUACACUUGAGGACGCCAAGGAUGUGGCCAUCAAGGUGUUGGCCGUGACCUUGGAUGGGUUCAGCGCCUCCAAGGUGGAAAUGGCCACUCUGGAGCGCAUUGAUAACUAUACCAGCUGCAAAGUUCUGGAUAUAAGUGAGAUCCAAAAACGCAUCGUGAAAUACAACACGUUGCAAGCGCAGGCCGCUAAACGAACGUUCUGUUAUCCAUAGCUGUUUUUAGUUAUGUUUAUAUUC